AUGCUUUCAUUAUCAUAAAUAUAGAAAUCACAUCAAGUGCAAUCUUCUAAGCAAUUGAAUAGAUUUAAUUUAUUGACUAGAAAUGUAACACUUGACAAUACAGAAGGCAGUAAAAUGAAAGCUAAAUAUAUAAUUCAUGACAAAGAGAGUUUAUAUGAGGAAAUUUAAAAUCUGAAAUAAGAAAACAACCAAUUAAAAUUAGCAUUACGAUAGUUUUAAUCGUAAAAUUAGUAUUUUAAGAGAGAAGUACAAUCAAUUUUAAAAGAAGAAUGUGUUACUCCAAAGAAUUAUUAGAGAAUAAAAUAAGGUUAUAUGGAGAAAAUCACAAAGCUUGAAGUAUAGAAUAAAUAAAUUUAGGACAAUAACAUUAAAUUGUAGCAAUAGUUAUAGGAUUAAAUAUCUUAUAUUAAUUAAUUGUAGAGUCCAUUGAAUAAAAGCAAUGUUGAAGGUUUAUGUAUGUCUCUAAGUGAAGAUAAUAUGAGAAUGUCAUAAUUAAUUUAGUAAUUGGAAUAGACAGUUAUAUAAACAUAAGUACUGAAAAUUAAAUAAAUUUAGAAUAAUUACAGUAAAAUGAACAUUAAAUAUAAUGCAAUUUUAAAUAAGUAUAAGUAAAUAAAGAAUCUGAAUGCAUAAUUAUUAUUGGAGAUAGCGGAAUUAAAAAAGAAAGACACGUUGUUUUUUGAGAGGCCAUAAUAAAAAGAUAAUAAAAAGAAUGAAGAAUAAUUAUAGUUGAGUUAUGAUUAAGCAAUGGUAGAUUUAAGAAAUGAAAGAUAAAAGAGUAAAUAUUUGGAAAAUCAAAUGUAAAAACUUUAGGCAGAUCAUCAAGAAUAGAUAGAGAGUUUAGAAAAAAAGAUGGCUGAUUAAAAGAGAUAAUUUGAAACUGCAUAAAGAGAACACGAAUAAGAAAAAUUAUUAAGAUAUUAAUCUAAGAGAACUAUACUUAUAAAGAGUAAUGGACCAUAAUAGCCUGAAGAAUAAGGAUAAUUAUAAGAGGAAAUAGAAUUAUAAAAAAAGAAAUUUAUAAAUGUGGAUAAAAAUGAUAUUUUAGCUAUUGCUAGAUAAGUAAAAUUGAAUUUGAUUGGAUUGAAAAUAUCAUUAUAAUAAGUAGAAGAAUAUUUAUUGACAGAUGAAAUACUUACUUAAUAAUAAUUAAAAUAAAAUUUAUCAAAUAGAAUAUUUGGUUUAUAAUCAAAUGAAUAGGUGGAAAUGGCAGCAAUUUAUUUAGCAGAUGUUGAAAAUGAGACAGAAACAACAACUAGUGCAAGAGUAAAAAGUAUAUUUAAGACUUUAAUGGAAAACUAUUAAAUUUUAACAAUAGAAUAAUUGAGUAAUAUAAAUUAACAGAUAAUGAAAAAAAAAAAUGAGAUGUCUGAUAUUUUAAUAAAGAAAUAUCCAGAUACUUAUACAAGUGGAUAUAUUACAAUAGAUGUAAAACAAUAUAAAAAAAUAAUUAUAGGCAUAUUUAGAGGUUUUAAAUUAGAUUGAAAUAUAAUUAAGUAAGAUAGAAAUUGAUCAUUUUUAUGCUUUAAUUUAAAGAUAAAAUAGAUCAUCAAGAAUAUUUUUAUAAUAAAUACAUUCACCAUUUGAUGUAAAUUAAGGUGAAGAGGAAGAUGAUUAAGAAGAUUAAUAAUAGAAUUUUAGUUUUGAUGAUAAUUAACCAGAGAGUGUAAAAAUGUCACAUAGUGAAAUAUUAGUAAUAAAUAAUAGGAAAGAAUCUGAAUUAGUAAAUUUGAUUGAGGAUGAUAUUGAUAAUAAUAAUAAUAAUAAUAAUUAGAAAUCAAAUUAGAAGAAAUAAAAAGUUAAUAUAGAGAAAUUAGAUGAGCAAAAUGAAGAGGAUUUAAAAUAAUCUCAAUAAUAGAAAUUAGACUUAUUUGAAGAAGAAAAGAAUCCAUUCCAUGAUGUGUAGCAUGAAGAAUCAGAUAUGAAAAUGAUAGAUUCGUAAGAAUUAAGAAAAUAAAGUUAACCUGAAUUAUAAUAAUUUUGAA